UCGCACAUCCUCAAAAUAUGUCUUUACGCCAAAACCACAGCACGCAAGAUCAAGACCGCAUGUCAAAGCAAACACCACAUAGCAUGCGAAAAGCUAAAGAACCCGAAAAAUUUGAUGGACAAUCCACAGAUUGGCAAGACUAUUUUGUUCAAUUUGAGAAUGUAGCCCGUUGGAACAAUUGGUCAAACAUUGAAAAAGCCCAGCAACUAGUAAUGAGUUUAAAGGGUAAUGCACAACGGUUACUCAGUGAGUUAAAUCCCAUAUAUUUGGACAACUAUGAUUAUAUUGUUCAAGUUUUGAAUAGAAGGUUCAAUCCAGUUGAAAGGGAAACGGCAUUUAGGUGCGAAUUUCGAAAUAGGAGACAAACUAGGUCUGAAUCAGCAGCAGAAUUUGGUUAUGCUCUUCAAAAAUUGAGUACGAAGGCUUAUCCGAAUGUUCAAUCCAAUGCUAGGGAGAUGUAUGUAAUCGAUCAAUUUGUGCAUGGUCUCACUAGACCAGAACUGCGAAGUCAUGUACAAUACAGACAUCCUAGUACAAUAGAUGCUGCUAUUGCCCUAGCAACAGAAUUUGAAGCGUUUGAGGGUUCACAAGGAAUAAUGCGAAAACCACGGUUUGAUUAUGAAAAUGAGACUUGUAAUCAAAUAAAGCAGAACCAACAAGAAGUGACACUGAAUGACAUCGCAGAUUUAUUGAAAAAUCUCACUCACACCUUGAAAGUUAGAAGUAGGUCAAAUAGUCGUGAACGCACUAACAUGUCUGAUAGGGAAUGCUUCAAAUGUCAUGAAAAGGGACAUAUUGCCCCUAAUUGUCCAAAUAGAGAUAGCCGUGAACGCACUAACAUGUCUGAUAGGGAAUGCUUCAAAUGUCAUGAAAAGGGACAUAUUGCCCCUAAUUGUCCAAAUAGAGAUAAGGAAAACUAG